UUUAGCAGCACUAUCCACAACAAUUAAUAACCGACACACUUGGUGUUGAGGACUGAAGUGACGAGGCAGCCAAUAAUUUUUCCAUCAUAUUGACCCCACGUAGUUUAUUGGGUGAUCACUCAGAUUUAAAUCUGGGAAGUCACUCUCCAUCGCUAUAUCUACGCAUCUAUACCACUCCUGUACGCAGCGGAGUAAUCUAGAGCGAAGCAGAUUUGAGAUCCAGAGAAGCCGAGAAAUGGGUUUGCAGGAGGAAUUUGAGGAGCAUGCUGAGAAAGCCAAGACCCUGCCCGAGAGUACUACUAAUGAAAACAAGCUUAUUCUGUACGGACUGUUCAAGCAAUCUACUGUUGGACCAGUGAAUACUAGCCGCCCUGGUAUGUUCAACAUGAAGGACAGGGCUAAGUGGGACGCAUGGAAGGCUGUUGAAGGAAAAUCCAAGGAGGAAGCAAUGAGUGACUAUGUCACUAAGGUGAAACAGUUGCAUGAAGAAGCUUCUGCUUGAUGUUGUUUGAUCUUCUGAAGCUUGUUUUUCUUCCUGGUAACUUUAUGUUGGAACAAAUAUAUGGAAGAUGAUAAUAAGGAACAUUUGUGGUUUCACUACUACUAGUAUUGUGUCCUUCCCAAUUCUGUGUGUACUUGGAUCAGGUAUGUUAAGGUUUAGCGGACACGAUCAUAGCUAAUGAAAUUGGAUGUUUGUGUUUUA